CAAAAGUCUAAACUCUGAAAAAAGGGGGUGGUGAGGGUCUCCAAGGAUAGCCUUUGCCUUCUGAGUGGCUCUCACUUGGUAGAUAUGGCCAAGAUUACUUUACUGGGUAUUCCUUCUGACUAAACAUAAACAGCAGUCCAUAAACUUUUAGACUGGAUAGUUUAACCUGAAGACACCUCUCUCCUCAGCUCAACAGCAGCGCCCCCUGCCUCUCCUUACAACAAAUGACAUGUCUGCUUUUGUCAACGACAGCCGAGAGAGUCAGACAGUCGCUCCUUUUGGUUUGCCUGUGGUGCUUAGCCAGCCAGCAACAACCAGCCGCCUGAAUGUAGAUCCGCAUGGGCUACUACUACUCUAUCUCUCCGAAUAACCCAGCGGAAUCAUAAGAUAAGGAUCCCAGGAUGGUCUUAGUGCAUGUCGGAUAUCUGGUUCUUCCCGUAUUCGGCUCAGUAAGAAACAGAGUAUGGAGGCUGGCUCUACAUUCUGCAUUUAUCAGAUCUUUGUCGUCCCCCCCAUUGUGUAGCUAAUGAUCAUCUGCUGCUGUGUGGUGUGGCGUGGCCUCUGCCUGUUCUCUGCAUUUAGCUGUAUUGUGAAUCCCUUCUUCAUUUCCUCUUUCCAUCAGAAGACGACAUUGGUAUUAAAAAAGCACCCCCCCCCCUUCCAAGAUGUACUCAGCCAUAGACUUUCCAUGUUAUGCAGACUAAAACAAUAGCUAACACCUAGUAAAGAGCACCUUUUUGUCUUUUUUUUCUGUCAAAUUGCUGUAGCACUGAGUGAACAUUUUAGCUCCUUUUUUAGAUUAUCAGUUGAAUGUCAUUGUGUACCUCCCAUCCAGUCUUGAUAGACAACAUGCUGUAAAUUCCUGUAAAGUGGAUACAUUUUGCAUGAUCUUAAACACUGCACUGCAUUGUUGAACACCAGAAUUCGGCUCAUUUUCCUUCUCUUCACACAAGGUGCAAUGUACAUGAUUAAAGUGAUAAGAAAAGAAAAAAAGGCAUGCUAAUUGGAAUCAUGUGCAUGCCAGUAUUAUUAUUAUUAUUAAUAAACCCAGCAUUUUAGCAAAUGCUGUCAUGUGAUCACUUGAAAUGACCGAAGGUACACUGCACCUGCACACAACAACCUGCCAUAACUGUCUCCAUUUUUGUGUAAUCCUUUUGUUCCCCUUUGCAAAUUUCAAGCUUUGAAUCACACUGAAUUGUCAGGCUGUUUGACCCUUAUGGGCCAAAUGAACCUCUAAACAUUUUAAUCAAGCAAAACAUGCUCACUGGUGGUUCAUCACUUCCCAAUUUUCCCCACUAACAUGAGGCCAAAAUGCUAUCCAUUUCACAGGGAUGCCUAUUUUCCUGCACUGCUAAAGAGAUCCUCUAUUAGUAAUAACGUCUUUAUUGUUUGGUUGUGGUCUCUCUUUACCUUUUGUUCUGGUAAUAGUACUUUCAAUGCAUGGUCACAUUUAUGAUUCAUAAUUUUUGGUUUUUGUUUUUCUACAUUGACUAGUGAAAAUCCAAUGUAAUCUUUCUGUAGUAAAGAUGUACCCUGCUGUACUUGAAUCAUGUGCUGUAGCAAACACGUCUGCUCAUUGGAUGCCGCUUUUGUUCUUUUUAACCCUAUAUGGAGCAUGGUGGGCCUUGCCUUCAGUCUAUGUUGUUUAUUUUUGUUGCAUGGAUUUAUACUAUUAUUACAAACAAACAAGAAAGAAAAAAAUCACAGAUUCCACAUUUACUAAUAUUUUUCAAUAAAGAAUAUAGUGUUUUUCCUAACCUUCAGUGUGCUUCUUGCUGAUUUCCAUUUAUUGUCCUCCCUUUCCCUUGUCCCUACCUGCCCCCCUCCCCUCCCCUUUCCCUCCACCCCCUCACCCACCUCCUCUCCCGCUGUGACAAAGAUAGACAAAUUCCACGCUUCCUCCAUCACAGGGCCUGAAUGAGUCUAUCUGCUGUCAUUCAUGGUGAUCGUUUUUCACUGAGACGCUUGAAAAUGCAGUGUGCUUUGUACUUACAGUCUAGACUUGAGCCUUUGACCCACAGCAACAAGGUCAUCUCUUGUCCGCCCGGCUACACCGAUGACCUGUCAGGCUGAAAGUAUUGCCUGAGAGUCUUACUUUUUUUAUCUUGCCUGGGUGUGUUUUUAAAGCCAUACUGCAUUUUUCAAGCGUACUCCUAGUAAAUGCAAUGUAGACUUUGCCUAUUUCCUCGUAUUCAAAAAAGAUUUUCAGCUGUUUAUACAGAAAUCAUCACUUGUUUCACACCACGCCAGAAGGUUAAAUUUGAUCUUCGUGCUGGAAUUUUUCUUCGUCUUUAAAAUCUGCACAAUUUUCUCCUGUAACGUGGAAGGUUUGUGUAAAAUUCACUGCUCCAGCUAACUGCAGGCUUGUCAAGGCUGGCUUUUCUUAAAAGUUUCCAAUCAAAGCUGAACUUUUUACUGGAACGUUUUAGCCCACCAUUAAACAAAAGAGUCUUUUUGAGUUUAAGCACGGUAUUAAAACCAUAUUGUGCUCCAGCACAAGCUAGCCAGUCUUUUCUCCCCGUUGAGUCUUUACAGCAGUCUGUUCACAGCAGUCGCCAAAUAGCUGUGGUUGAAGAGAGAAAAAAAAAGCAUUCAAGCUAUUUCCUGUCAACUCCUGAAUGUUAACAGGGAGAGAAAACAAGAAGAGCUAUAGUUUAUGUGUUAGGCAGAAAAAUACAGCAAGUUUUGGUACUGAUGUGUAGUUAUGUAAACUUAUUGCCUGGUUUACUUUUUAUGAAGGGAGAAAAUGUUCUUUACAGUUAUAGCUAGAGACUUGGCAUCUAAACAGAUAGAUGUAUAUUUAGCAGACAGCCAGGUACUAAAGGUUUAACUGCGAGAGCACUGCCCCGCUGUCAGCUGCAGAAUUUACAACAGCUGAGCUGUGUUGAGGACCAUGUCCUAGUAGAUUUCGUCUGUUCUGAUGCAGUCUGUGAAUCAGAAGACCAGGAGUCGAUCCAGAGGUCGGAAAUGCAAUAAAAGAAAGCUAACACUUUGUGCGCAGGACCAAAAAAUGGUCGUCAUGUUCAUGGUACUUGUGGUAACCAUCAUUUUCCCACCCCCUUCUCACAGAAGUAUUUUUCACCCUAGGUAAGAGGUAGGGCUUCAUUAACAUGCUUUAUCACACACACAGUGACACCACAUUUCACCCACAAUUAAUUCCAGAUAAUCUCUCCCCUUGGUUGCCUGACUUCUUCUGCUUAUCCUCCACAGGAUCCCAUUUCAACCGGCAACAGACACAGCAGCAGCAGCAGCACAGCCAUGCUACCUCUUGCCGGCACUUCCAGUUAGGUCCUCAGGCCCCGCUGCCCAUGGACUUCCCCAUGCCCCACCCAGGGCAGCCACAGUCAGGCAUUAACCCCCACCUGGCCCCUCCUGGCCACCAGCAUGGCCCUCCGCUUCACCCGCCCCUCAACCCCCUGCCCGCCCCCCAAUUCCAGGACAUCCCUGCCCCUCCCUUCCUACCUCAGGCAUUACACCAGCAAUACCUCCUCCAGCAGCAGAUCCUCGAGGCCCAGCACCGACACAUCCUGCCACCCUCCAGCAGACGCACCCCAGAGAGAGUUCCACACCAGCCCCACAGACUGCGGCCUGGCUUUGAGUUUGCUCCCCCUCUACAUGUCCCUCCUCAGCCUGUGGUGCAGCAGCCCCGAUACCUGGCUGAGGGCACAGACUGGGAUCUGAGUGUAGACGCCGGGCUGCCUCCUCACCAGUAUCACAUCCAUCCUCUGCCACAGCACUAUCAGCACUACUUGACCUCUCCUCGGAUGCACCACUUCCCCAGAAACAAUGCCUCAACACAAGUGGUUGUCCAUGAGAUCAGAAACUACCCGUAUCCCCAGCUGCACUUGCUGGCUCUGCAGAGUCUCAACCCAUCUCGCCACGCGUCUGCUGUUAGAGAGAGCUAUGAGGAGCUUCUGCAGCUGGAGGACAGACUUGGCAGUGUAAACCGAGGAGCUGUUCAAACCACCAUAGAGAGAUUCACCUUCCCCCACAAGUACAAAAAGAGAAUACCCCAGGACCUGAAGAUGUGUCUGGAUGAUGAGGAGCUGGACACAGAUGAGAAGUGCACCAUUUGUCUGUCAAUGCUGGAGGAUGGAGAGGAUGUCAGGAGAUUACCCUGCAUGCACCUCUUCCACCAAGGGUGUGUGGACCAGUGGCUGGCCACCAGCAGGAAAUGCCCCAUCUGCAGGGUGGACAUUGAGACCCAGCUGACCCCCGACAGUUGAUAGCUCCUGUCGACCCCUGCAGCUCUGGAUCUGGAUCGUGUUAAUUCUCCGUCGCCCCCCUCUGGGAGAGGGGGAGGCUCUGCCAAACCACCCCUCCUUCCCUCUCUGCAUCUCUCCACAAGCCUGCCUUCUGAGACAGCUGUGACGGAGGGAUCAACAAAGCACACUCACCCGCAACACAACGAGGGAUGGGGGGUUGAUGCAUUGAUAGUUGGGCAGGACUGAAGGUUGGUUGAAUGGACUUCCGGAUGUAAAAGGUAGGAGGAGCUGACAUGUAUGGACAGAUGUGCUGAGGCUUCACACGAUUCUGUCAGAUUGUGUUUCCUGUGUACAUUUCUCCAUACGGCCACGAGAGAGAGGACACUCUGACUGACUACCAACCUGUGUGUGCUGUAUUAAGGCCACUUCUCUGCCACUAUAUCUAAACCCCUUUCCCCCGCAGGCCUGUGAAAAAUCCUUUAAGCUGCACUCUGCCCAAGCCCUCAGCACAUCUGUACAGAACAAUUUAAAAUGAUUAGCAUGAGGUUGUUUGGUGUGAACUCUUGUAGCUGAACGCUUGUGGUGUAAUGGAGUAUAGUACUGACAAAGUAUUUACAGAGUAACAGUGUUGUGUAGCAAGCAAAAGCCUUUUGAGAAAUAUGUUUGUGAAAAAUAAUCCUACAGAGAGGGAGACCACAGCUCUACCAGAGAGAGUGUUAAUUCAGAGAGGAAAGAGCUAGUUGUGUUUAAAAAAGGCCAAAAAUCCCUCUUUCUUGUCUAACACGGUUUUUGGAUUUACAGUUAGUAGAUGCCAUCAGAGUUGAUGCUAAACCCGCUAACUGCAGGCAUGGCUUCCAGUGAUCUGUGUAGUGUCGUAGUCGGGCCUCUAUAAUCUAGAGCAGAGGCCUCAGAUGUGCAUGCUGUAUGGCAGGCUUGGGCUGUGUCGUUAUAAUAUUGUGGAGCAGUAGAAAACAGGGACUGUGUCUGUGCAUGUGAACCGUAAACUAUGACUCUGACGAUCCCACUCAUUCAUAGAGGAGGACAAGAAUGCACCUAAUCCCCCCCACCCCACCCCACCACACCCCACCUCACCUCCCCACUCCCCCACCCCAUCCCUACUCAUCCAGAGUAGACCAAAGUUGCCCUUAGACACCGAUCUCACACCCAUGUAGCAUUUCUGUCCUGAUACUUGACGUUUCAAGGAUUCAAAGAGCUGCUAGCAGAUCUGUGUCUAACUGCAACUCCUCUGUGUUGCCUCGCUCAUGUCAUGGUGCGAUCAUGACAUGAGAGGCUGGCAUGGGCUUGAGGAUGCAGUGCCUGAGUCUUGCCAUCGGAGUGACUAAAAUCUGACAUUUGUAUUACCUUUUACCAGAACCUUAUUGCCUAUCGAACAAGCACAUGUGAUUUCUAUAUCCAGUGAAUCGCCUCUGUCGUGUAUCGGCUCCUUUUCAUUUCAAUCUAAGUUGUUGCUCCCGCUGUUUGAUAAAAAAAAGACUGUGUCUGGUGUUACAGGGAAAAUACAAACUAGUUUGCCUGUGAUAUUUGCUAGAAUGUGUAUGAUUGUCCCCCACCCCCCUUCCCCCAUGGUAGUAGUGUAUGGUAUUGCUAGAACAACUGUGAUACGUUCAGUGAUAGAAGCCGUUUUCUCUUUAUCAUGCAUGAACCAUGUCGGCGUAGUUCACUUGAAGGAGGGUGAAAGGGAGAAAAAGCCAUCCAUUUGAAAAAUACCAAACAAUUGUUCUUAAGAUUAUUAUUUCAACUGUCUUCUUUUCUGCCAUUGUUUUCUUUUCCUUAUUACUUGUCUUUUAUUUUUGCUCACAUGCCAAUCUGGACAUGGUACUAAUAUGCCAAGUCCCUGUCCAUUUUAACCAUAGUGAAGAAAAAGCUGCAAUGCUGCAAAAACAUAUUUAUUGUUGUUCUAAUGUAGCUUGUGUUUUGUAAAUGCACUAUAAUAUGGAGUUGCCUGAUUUUUUGGUUUGGUGGUGUGGGUUCUUCUUGUCCUAGAUUUUGUGUUUCUAUUCAGUUCCAAGUAUUUUCAUGCUUCCUUGUGUAUUAUUGGAGGGUAACUUGACUGUUUGUGUUGCGUUUUUUCUUUUUCUUUAAGUGUGAAACCUCCAUCCAAAAAACUACAGAUGGAUGAAAAUGGAGGUUUGCUAGUUCACAUAGAAUGCUGUGAUUAAAGAUGCCUUAAGUAUUUAACAAUCAUUAUUUAUUACUAACUGUAGCUAGCUAGCUAUUGUGGUGGAAUAUUUAAUGUCUCUAUCUCAUAACUUUGCAAUUUAAUCAAUAUAUUUAUUUAAAAUAACACAAAAUAUUAAAAAAAAGAAUACCUCAUUAUGCAUUGGUCGGUGGGGAUGCUUCUGCAUGCCGUCUGUGUUUUCUUUUCAAAGGAGAAAAAAAAGAAACCUGUUGAAAAUCUGACUUUGGGGGCUGGGGUGUUUCCCGACACAUUUUCUAGCCAGCAUGGUGCUGUUGAUCUGGAUUACAUUCCAUUCAUGUCACCUCUUUGUUCUCACUCUGAAGUUGUGUUUUUUGAUAAUUUCCCUGCUUGAUAUAAAGCAGAUUACGGGGAGUCAAAUCCCCUCCUUGUCUUAGUGUGGCUCCACAUUUAGCUUUUUUUUUGUUAUAAGAUACUGCUUUGUUUCCCAUAACCAGUCAUAUUUAAUUUGAUGUUUUUUAUUGUAUUAUGACCAUUUCAUGAUAUUCCAUCAUAUCUAGAUCUCAAUUCAGUGCUUCUUAUUAUUUAGGACCCACAUAACGAGCGCUAUUAUUGUUUUUUUUUGUAUCGCUGGCAAUUGCUUUGUGCGGGAUUGGGGAAGUAUCUAACAUGCUAACUUGAGCCAUUGGUCUUAUUGAGCAAAUUUCUGGUGUACUGUGGUUAUAAAAUAUAGAUAGCGUGUUUCACACCUGGGUAUAAUAAGCUAACUACGUUUUCGGUGUGCAUUUCUUAUUAAUACUCUACUAAUCCUGCAAAUUAAUAUAACAUGUAUUGGAUUGGAAUGACGCUGGCUGGUCUUACUAUUAUUAUUAUUUCAUUUCGUGCUCUCACUGGCCUUACCCCACGUCCUCCACAGUGUACCCCAUUUACUCCAGAGCGAACUGGACAGUAGCCAUAGUAUUAACUCAAGCUGAUGAACCGGAAUGAACAGUAGAACUUAAAGCACAAGCUUUUUAAUGCAUGUCCUUCUCAGGUUUUCCUAUGUGUAUGUGGGAGUAGCUCUGUAGACGUGUUUAAUAUGAUGCUGUACCUUCUUGAAUAUUUCAGAUGUUUCUUUGCUGCUGAAAAAUGUUGAUUAUUAACCUGCCAGUGAAAAAGGGAUGUGGCCAUCUUUGUACAACACACUGCUGUUUUGCUGUAACCGCGCAAUGUUUUAUGAUCUUGAGUAUUUUAUAGAAAAGUAGAAGUAUGUAUCAAUAAUAUGAAAGCAAUAGCUAAAUCAUAAUGAAGAAUAACAUGAUCAGUGAAUAUUGUGGAAAUCUUUAGAUUCACUCUGGGUGGAUUUUGUACUGUAUUUAUUACUAAUGAUGAUGCAAAAAGUUGCAUAGCUUAACCCAAACUGUUCUGUCUCUUUUUUAUUUAUUGUCUUGUAUAUGAUCUUUUUGUAUGUGUUUUUCAAAUAAACUGCCUAAAAUGCUGA